AUGGCACAUCCGAGAUCUCGCGCACGUCAGCAACCAGGUAGCUAUGGGACGUUCAGGGAACGGGAGUUUUUUAGAUACAUUCCUCCGUACCAUCUACAAUCACACCCUCUACCUCAUGUCGACCGAGACACCCAGUCCACCGUUGCCACUCGAUCUUCUUGGGACCCCGCUCUGACCUCCUUCGCUCAGCUGGGAACGCUACGCCUGAAUGCUAAGCGAACAUUGAUCUCACUAUUCGGGCGAAACGAACAGGUCGUGCUCGCUGAGGCCACCCAAACCUUGAACAUCCAGGAUGAUGGUAGCCAUAACGCUCGUCAGGGAUUGUGGAUUGGAUGCUGCACAAUGUCCUACGAGCGUAGUCUCUGUAAAUUCAUGCUGAAACACUCGCAAGCCAUCGAAAAUCAACCUCAACUGCUCGUUGUACCCGACAUGACCCAGCAUGAAGAGUUCAAGGACCAUCUAGAUGUGACGAAUGACCCCCAUAUACGGUUCAUGGCAUGUAGCCCGAUCAUUAGCCCCAAAGGAAUCGUGAUUGGCGCUUAUACAGUUUUGGAUGACAAACCACACGACCCAUUGGAUGCCAAUGCUAUGAAGUUCCUGGUCGAUAUUGCCCACACGGUCAUGGAUCACUUGGACGCAACUCGAUCUCGACAUGAACAUCGCCGAGGCGAACGCAUGAUAGUUGGAUUGGGAAGUUUCCUGGAGGGUAAAGGCUCUUUGCGCAACUCUUGGAUCAAUGCGAACGAGAGCAUUUUGACUCCUUCUCCAGGCGAAGAUGUUGAUUUGGAGGGCCAUGUCAAUCAAGAGCAACAGCAGAAGCAGAUUUCCGAGUAUGCAACCCCGAGCACGAAGUAUAAUGACGGUGAAGGUUUUAGAGAAUUCCGCCCACAGAAUUUCAAUACAAACCAGACCGGGAAACCCCCAGCGCAAACACACGAAGAGCGGACAUUGGCUAGUCCGGAUCCAGGCACAAGAGACUAUUUCCACGCUCGGCCCCGGAAUCGACGUGCCUCCCAUAGGACCACGGCACCAAAUCACAGAGAUUCCCUCAAGAAACCCCCGAGGGACAGCUAUUCUUCCAAAGUACAAGAAACAUUUUCCCGUGCAGCCAACAUUGUUCGCGAGAGUAUUGAGGUCGAGGCUGUUGUGUUCUUCGACGCUCAUUUUGGCUCUCGGGACGCUUUGGUGAAUGCGUCCAAUUUUGAUUCCGAGAGUGGUGGAAGUUGUAUGGAAAGUAAUUCUUCAAGCGAGGAGGAAGCCAAACGCCGGGGAUUUCCCACAGAGCGAGAUAUCUCUAGCGACCCGCAACCUGAGAAUUGUGGAACGUCUACCGUGAAUCCAUGCAAGAUGCUCGGAUUCGCAACGUCGGAUGUUUCUAGUGUGAGCAAGGAGUAUAUGUUGGAUAAAAAAGUUGCCAUAUCUGAGAAUUUCCUUGGGCAGCUUUCCCGUCGAUACCCUCGAGGUAAAAUCUUUAAUUUCAGCGAAGAUGGAACCCUCUCAUCCGAUGACACCAGUGACGGAGACUCUCCGUGCAGUAGUGGCAAAAAGUUCAAGAAAACCCGGAGAGCGUACCUACGUCAGGAUGCUGUGACGCUUUUGCAGCUCGCUCCCCGUGCCCGAAGCAUUGCUUUCUCGCCGCUGUGGGACUCACACAAAGGGAGGUGGUAUUCAGGCUGUCUGACAUGGACUAGAGCCCCUCAUCGUGUUUUGACCUCCGAGGACGAGCUAGCCUUCUUGUUCGCGAUUGGGCACAGUGUCAUGGCCGAAGUCCACCGACUCGGUGCACUGUUGACAGAGCGGGCAAAGUCAGAUUUGCUAGCCGGAAUCAGCCAUGAACUUCGGUCGCCUCUUCAUGGUAUCUUUGGCACAAUCGACAUCCUAAACGAUACCGUCAUCGAUGUCUUACAGCGUGGAUUGGUGCAUACAAUAUCAUCUUGCGCCUUCACUCUACUUGGGUCCAUAGACCAACUUCUCGAGUAUGCCAGCAUUAACGACGUUCGUCCGAGGCCUGCCAAAUUCGAAUCCCAAGAUGCAUCCAAUGUUGGUGCUCCGCAGACUUCACAGAUCGGAAAGGUUGAUAAGGAUUCUGUCGUUCAGCUGGAUGCUGCCGUGGAAGAUGCAAUUGAAACGGUCUUUGCGGGGCACUCAUUUUUCAAGACUCCGACUACCCAUCUCUGGACUACUGCCCACGCCUCUAACCCUUUCGACUCCAAGGGCGGAGUCAAGAUCAUCCUUGAUAUCGACUGUGCUCAAAACCUCAAAUUUGCAACCCGCCCUGGAGCAUGGCAUGUGAUUUUGACAAAUUUCUUCGGUAAUGCCUUGAAAUUUACCGAUGAGGGUUUUAUUUAUGUUUCUCUCAAGGCCACUCCAGUCAAGUUCAACUCGAUAGGCCAAGCCACGCAGUCAAGGGUCACACUGUGUAUCAAAGAUACUGGAUGCGGCAUGGAAGAAGAGUUCCUCCGGAACGAAUUGUUCACUGCCUUUUCCAAAGAAGACAAAUUGUCGCCUGGCAAUGGCCUAGGAAUCAACAUCGUGAAUCGGAUCGUAUCAUCGCUAGGCGGUGAAAUUGAAAUCAGCUCUCAAAAAGGCGUCGGUACAGAGGUUGUGACAACAGUCCUCCUUGACCAUGUUCCAGAGCGGAUUUUCCACGGGAGCCUACAUGAUGCCUCAUUUCCUUGGUCCGUAAGAGGUCUUGUUAAGCAGAAAAUCAUGGGUAUCCUGCUUCACACGUCUUCCGAUGGGGAUGCAGCCUUGUUAUCAUCCAUACAUAAGCUGUGCCAGCACUGGUUCCAAAUGAAAGUUGAUCUAAUUGAGCCAUCGAACAUGCAGCUCAGCCAUUGUGACUUUUACAUCUCCCUCCAUCAGUCUUCGGCCACGGGUAAAAAUGAGAUCAUCUGUCUUCAGCGCCAGCAGCUACGCCGUGACUCUUUCGUCGGGAAACGACGAGGGUCAACAGCUCAAGGGCCCGAGGAACAUGAAAGCCAAUUGAAUGGGCGAUCGAAGAGAGAUUCUAUUCCAAUACUCAGUGCGGGCCCCGUUCGACCACCUGGGCCACUGCAAAUGCCCACGGAAUGCUCUGCUGAACCUAUUGUGACGCCGGCUUUGUCCGUCCCCGCGGGUCUGGAUGUGGAUCUUCAAGCAGAGGAUUAUAUGUCAGUCCACUCGCAAGUAGUUUCCCCCAGGACCAUCCUUCUCGCGGAUGAUAACGAGAUCAAUCUAAAAAUCCUGGUGGCAUUCAUGAAGAAGCUGGGUUACAAAUAUGCCAUUGCACACAAUGGACAAGAAGCCCUCGACAUCUUCAGGCAAAAUGCACACAACAUCGAAAUCAUUCUCAUGGAUAUUUCUAUGCCCAUCAUGGAUGGUAUUGAAUCGACCCGACGCAUUCGCGAAUUUGAAAAGACACUAGAGAACAAGAGACGCACCAUGAUCCUCGCGUUGACCGGUGUCGCGCAAGCUGAAACUGAACGAGAUGCCAUCGGGUCUGGUAUGGAUGCAUUCUUGACCAAGCCCGCACGAUUGAAUGGGUUACGGCCAAUCAUAAAGGAGAGAUUGCCUCAGACUUGA